AUGGCGACUCUUUCCAGAACUCUUUUGUGUAUGGCCUCUUUGGCAGUUUCGGCUUCGGCCUUUAUGGUUCAGCCUCGGCACACUGCUACCACCACUACCAGUACAAAUGGUGCUCGAACCACACCCCUUCACAUGGCCACUUGGUCCGACAGCAAGGCCGUGAAAGAGUAUCAGGAGUUUCUCGAUACUGGCAACCAAGAUAUUGAGCGAAGACGCGAUCAACCUUCUGUCAUUCUCAUGACCCCGGAUGGCGCUUCGGAAAUGGCAGAAGCAUUGUGGGGCAUGGGAAUGGGCGAUGACAUUGUCAUGCAGCCCUUUGAUUCGUUGCCCGCCGAAAUUGAUGGCAAUUACGAGUACCCCAUUUACGUGACUCUCCCUCCCUGGCAGAUUGCUGAAUUCAUUCGCAACUUGCCACCGGAAUACCUCCAACGUGCCGAUGACUUUGUGUUCUUUAGUGGUGGCCUGAACCAUGGAAACAUUGAAGACGUCCUCAAGGAUUUUGGAUUCUGUCGGGAUUCCAUGACCCAAGUACUCACGUCCGGACUCCGUGUGACGGAACUCAAGACUGUCGUCGACACGGGUGUUCAAUUGGGAUUUGCCGGCAAUGAAGAAGAGAAAUGGGCCGGACGGUGUACUGCCUGUGGCAAAUGGAACGGUGCCAUUGCCGAACGCAUGGAACGCAACAAUGUCAUUUGCAAGACGGACUUUUACCGCGAAUGGAGACGUCAAAUGUGGGAGGAUUCCCUCGCCACGGGCAUCUUUCACUUGUUAGGAGCCGUUCGAGAAGAACCCACCAGCAUUCAAAACGUGGCCAACUACUACUACGAAGAAGCCAGUGAUUUGUUGUGGGAAAUGUCCUCCCAGUUGCGUGGAUGGAAGGCCAUUACGCUCAUGUUUGGAUUUGAGGAGCGCAUGUUUGGUGUUGCUGAAGCCAAUGGAGGAGACAUUGCCUGUCAAGUGAACAAUGAAAUGUACCCCUUUAUCUGGGGUAACUCUCUGUUGAUUCAAAGUAACCUCUACCUCGAAUACCUCAACUAUGCCCAGCAGUCGUUGGGACUCUUCCAAGGAAUCCAGUUGCCCGAGUAUCAGCAAGAAGAAAACUCCAUCAUGCGCAAGGGUAACUUGCGGGCCGACGGAGUUGUUUAA